UGAAGAAUGUCAUUCUGUUAAUGAAAGAUUGUUAUAAUGUUAAGGUAGGUGCAGACUGCACAUGUUAAGAGAUUAUGGACAUGGCAGUUUCAGUUUUGGAUUCUCCUCAGAUCUUUCUUCUUUGAAAGCUGUGCUCAACCCAAUAAGGUGUUGGCUUUCAAAGUGAGGUGCUUUUGCUGCCAUUAAAGCAAUAAAUCCAAAGGGGGUUUUAUCCUAUAAGUUUUCCGGUGUUUCUCUCUUGUUGUCGUCUAUUGAUUGGUUGCGGUGAAUCGAAGGAGUUUCACUGAUGCAAACGUCUCAGAAUCAUAAAGUUACGGUGCAAGAAAUGGAGUCCAAUUGUUGGCCUCCCAAAUUGGAACAAUACUGCACCCUUGAUUCAUCGUCUGGUGUGCAGAAUUCUUCUUCUACAGCCAGUUUCUCACCAAACGGCAGUCCGGUUUCGCAACCAAACAACUCUUGCCCGAUGGACCUGCGUCGUUCCCCAGACAAUACAUGUUCACCUGUAAGUAAUUCUUGUGUAACAGACAAUGAACACGACUUGAGCCACAUGAUAAGACAGUUGGAAACUGCAAUGCUAGGAACUGAUUCUGAUAAUAUCGACGUUCAUGCUAUCAUGGCUUCUGGCAGAUCGACUGAAGUCUCCAUCGAAUCAGAGAGGUGGAAGUACAUGAUGGAGAUGAUCGCCCAAGGGGACCUGAAAGAACUUCUUUGUGCUUGUGCUAAAGCUAUAGAAAAUAAAGAUAUGCAUCUGACUGACUGCUUGAUGACACAAUUGCGUCAAAUGGUGUCGGUUUCAGGUGAACCGAAGCAACGAUUAGGAGCCUACAUGUUGGAAGGGCUUGUUGCAAGGUUGGCCUCUUCAGGAAGUUCUAUCUACAAAUCCCUAAGAUGCAAAGAGCCUGCUAGUUCUGAACUGCUUUCGUACAUGCACAUACUCUAUGAAAUCUGCCCGUAUUUCAAGUUCGGGUAUAUGUCUGCAAACGGGGCGAUUGCAGAAGCCAUGAAAGAUGAAAGUAGAGUCCAUAUUAUUGAUUUCCAAAUAGCACAAGGAAGCCAAUGGCUGACCUUAAUCCCUGCUCUUGCUGCUCGGCCAGGUGGACCUCCAAGUAUACGUAUCACAGGUAUUGAUGAUUCUACAUCAGCAUAUGCCAGAGGAGGAGGACUUGAAAUUGUGAGGCAAAGACUGAGCAAGGUCGCGGAAUUGUGUAAGGUACCGUUCGAGUUCCAUGCCGCUGCUAUUUCUGCUACUGAUGUUCAAUUCGAAAACCUCAGAAUUCAGCCUGGUGAAGCCGUUGCUGUAAACUUCGCUAUGAUGCUGCACCACAUGCCAGACGAAAGCGUGGGCGCUCAGAACCAUCGGGACAGACUGUUGAGGUUGGCAAAGAGUUUGUCUCCAAAGGUGGUGACGCUCGUCGAGCAAGAAGCAAACACGAAUACCGCCCCAUUCGUUCCCCGUUUCCUAGAGACAAUGAACCAUUUCUUACCCAUCUUUGAAUCGAUCGAUGUUAGUCUACCGAGGGAUCACAAGGAGCGGAUCAAUGUUGAACAGCACUGUCUGGCACGGGAGAUUGUCAACAUUAUAGCAUGCGAAGGACCUGAGAGAGUCGAACGACAUGAACUUUUAGGGAAAUGGAGAUCAAGGUUUAUAAUGGCUGGCUUUAAACCCUUUCCAUUAAGCUCAUUUGUCAAUUCCACCAUUAAAUCUCUGCUUCAAAGCUACUGUGAUAAGUACACGCUUGACGAUAAAGAUGGGGUUCUUCUUCUUGGCUGGAUGAAUCGAGCUAUAGUUGCUUCUUGUGCAUGGAGAUGCUAACCAAGAUAAAGUAGCUGUUUAUUAGGAUAGUUUGAGAAAAAGGGAUUUCUCUGUGGAUGAACAAGCUCUUUCUCUCAUUUCUGGGAUCAUACCCUUUUUUCCUAUUGUAUUUUCUGGCCAUCCAAACGCUUGAAUUAGCUUACUCGCAGUCUCUUCUUUGCCUUUAGUUUUCAAACAAAGCCAUUAGCAAUCAGAUUUGUAGAUAUUGUUACAUGAGAAUCAUUCAUCAAUGUGUGUAACCAAAGCUUUGAUGGCCCCAUUCAUGGCUACUGGCCCAAUUAUAUCAGGCUAUGUUACUCAAAA